GUCAAAACACAGCGGGCGAACCCUAAAUUCAUCUGUUGAACAGUGUACUGAUUUUUCUCAGCAUUUGUUGUCAAUUUCAAUCCAUUAGCUGUCAAAACUUCUUAAUUAUUACUACUUCGUACGCCAUUUGCAUUGAUCUUUUGAAAUACUCCGUAGCUUUUAAUGAUAAAAAUUCUGACUUGUCCCCAUUGUUUUCAACCGCGUCUGGCGGCACAAAACGCGGUGGCGCCCAUAGCUGUAAUAGUUUGAGGACGAAGAAGAAGCGGUGACGCACUUACCUUAUUUUGGAGUGAAAACGAAAAAACAUCUGAAAUUUUAUGGGCGGUCUGAAUCUGCCGAAACACAGCAAGCAUAUGUUUUUCGAGGUUCAUGGAAGCAUGGUCGAAUUCAAAAGAUGAAUCGACACUUUAUGAAGCUGAAAUAAACCAUACUUCAAAUUGGGGUUUUGAAUUUUUUUCUAUGCUAGGAGUAGAAGAUUGGGUUUUUGAUGGCUGUAAGAAGAAGCUCAGGGUCAUGUUUGACCAAAUACUAAUAUCCUUUCUUAAUGAUGUAUCUAAAAACAGAUGCUUUAGGCCUCUCCCCGUAAUGAAUGGCUGUGGGCAUGAAGUGGAUUUGUUCAAACUGUACAGUAUAGUUAGAAGAAUUGGUGGGUAUAAUUCUGUUUCUAAGGAAAACUUGUGGGGUUAUGUUUCAGAGCAAUGCGGGUUGGAUUUUAGGGAAAUGUCGUUUGUGAAGCUGAUUUACAUCAAGUAUUUGAAUGAUUUUGAUCAAUGGAUUGGAGAGCAAUGCAGAGAUAGUGCUUUGGAGAAAGUAGAAAGUGGAUUGGUUAGGCGACUUGAACUAAUGUCUAGAGAGUUCAAGGUUAGGUUUGGAAACAUGUCCAGUAAUGAUUCUAAUCAGAAAACUGCUCAGAUUAAUCAAAAGAAUUCAGUCAUGAAGAAUGGUGGGCGGGAGGUACUCACUGAUGUUGAAAUUGGUAGUGUAUGUGAUUAUUAUGUGGAAUCAACCGAGAGGUUAGCUGUAAAUAAUAUUCAAAAGAAUAGACUCUUUAUUAAAAAUACUAAUGGAGAAAGUGUUACUGACUCUACUGCAUCAUCUCCCAAUAUGAGUGUUCAGAAAGUUGUCAAUUCGGUUGCAGAUUAUCCACAAGAAGAAUUUGUUGGUUGCAUAAAAGGGUCUGCUAAAGACAACGGUGACGUUGCUACCACAGCCAAAAACUAUACUGGGAAACUCAAUGAAGUGAAUACAUUGAAGAGAAAAUUGACACCUUCGUAUUUCUCGGAAAUUCUUGAUUGGGUGACCAGUGCAGCAAAACAUUGCGAUAGUCCUGAAAUUUUGAAGAUUCCUGAUUUGUCCCAGUGGAAGGAUCAUAGCAUAAAUGACUCGACCCAGAUUUUGUUGAUUAGACAAGUUCUACUGAACAAAAAUCAUUUUAGUUCAAAUUCUGAAGAGUCUGCUCCCCAGAAGAAGCUUAAAAUGCACCCUUCAAUGUAUGAUGAUAACACACCCGAUCAUGUAUCCAUGGAAAAAAUGAGAUGCAGCCAAAGAGUUUUUUCCUUGACCAAUCCUCUUUCUUGUCCCUGCAACUACUCAUCCUCUCCUACUGAUAACAACAUUGUUAGUCCUCAAAAAAGAGAAACAGAAUCUGCCAAAAAUGUUUCACGGGAAGAACCAACAAGCCCUCUGAAAGUUCCUGUUGGCCCUCUCCACCAAGCCGAAGUCCCAGAAUGGACUGGUUUGAUUUCCGAGAGCAAUUCCAAGUGGCUAGGCACACAUAUGUGGCCUCCUGAAGAAACAAAAGCCUUCAAUGAAUCGGAUCGUAUUGGAAGGGGAAGAGAAGGAAGAUGUGAUUGCCAGUUUCCUUCAUCUGUUCAAUGUAUAAGGUUUCACACUGCAGAGAAAAGAUACAAACUGAAACUUGAGCUCGGCCGGCUAUUCUACCAAUGGAGAUUUGACCGCAUGGGGGAGGAAGUUUCCCUUUCAUGGACUGAAGAAGAGGAAGAGAAAUUCAAAGUUUUGAUGAGAUUAAACGCAACAACUCCAAAUAAAUUCUGGAAUAGUGCUGCAAAAAAAAUUCCAUUAAAGACAAAGAGCAUGCUGGUUAGCUACUACUUUAAUGUUUUCCUUGUCAAGCGCCGGAGUUAUCAGAAUCGUGUAACUCCAAAAGAUAUCGACAGUGAUGAUGAUGAAAAAGAGUUUGGAUCGGUAGGCUGCCGUUUUGGUUAUGAAGCAAUUUAUGUUCCAGGGUCCAGGCCACUUUUAUGCACAGAGAAUAAGGCGUGCACCAAUCUGGAAUAGUAUGUUACAGACCUUUGCUUUCAUUUUCUAUGAGAAAGUAGUAUGUUACAGUUUUGUCAGCUCCCUGUUUUUGAGGAAAGAAAACACUCGUAGCUCUUUCUUGUUAUGAGUUAUCAGGAAUUGUAAGUUGAUAGUAGAGGUAGUGGUCUACUUUCGUAUUUGAUCUUUGAAUAGGAAAAACGUAACCUUCUAAUUUAGGUUCUUGAUAUAGGACGUUCAUUUCAUAACAUUAUCAAUGAAAUAUAACAUAAUGCAAGUUAACA